GUCGAAACUUUCUGUAUGUAUAUAAACCCGAGGUUGAUCGGACGUUAAUCACAGUUCGUCGCUUGAGUCGUUUACAGCUCACUUGUGGGAGAUAAAGUUUAACGCUGCUUUUAAGUAUUUUUGCUGGUCGAGAGUACAAAAUAUUAUUGAUUUCACGAUGAAGCUUCUCGUUGUUGCCACCUUCGCCCUGUUCGCCAUGGUUGCCGCCCAGGACAAGUACACCACCAAGUACGACGGUGUCGAUCUGGACGAGAUCCUGAAGUCGGAUCGGCUCUUCAACAACUACUACAAGUGCCUGCUGGACCAGGGCCGUUGCACACCGGACGGUAACGAGCUGAAGCGUGUCCUCCCGGACGCCCUCAAGACUAACUGCGCCAAGUGCAGCGAGAAGCAAAAGUCCGGAACCGAGAAGGUCAUCAACUACCUGAUCGACAACCGGGCCGAGCAGUGGAAGUCGCUGCAGGCGAAGUAUGACCCCGAAAACAUCUAUGUCAACAAGUACCGCAACGAAGCCGCAAAGGCCGGAAUCAAGCUGUAAGGUUGAGGUACUCUACCAACCUACGCGCAGAUGGAGUGGGACUGAGAUAAAUAACCAUCCUAUCAACGAUUCGCCCCAGUCCAUUUGCGUUUACCAUAGUUCAACCAGAAGGUUUCUUACUUCAGGGAGUCGCCUUGAUUAAGCAUAAUUGGAAGUUUUAAAGCAUGUUUUCAUUAUUUUUUUUAUCUGUGAUCAAAUCUACAAGAUUAAGUACAAGAGACGUUUCAGGGUUGAACUGUGCUGUUCGUUUGCUGAGCAAUUGAAGUGAUAGCAGUACAUCAUGCGUAAAAUAAUCGCGUCGCCGGUUGACUCAGAAACUCAGCGUACUCAUUCAUAUCGUUUUAAGCUAUGAUCAUUGAUUUCUUCAUCCCUACAGCAGCAGCAGCAGUAGUUCCAACCAGAAGCGCACUCCUAAUUAGCGAAAACGAGAUCAUUAAAAUGUUCCUUCCGAUUGUUAGAAAAAAAUAAAAUUGAUCGGCCCACCACAGCAGGGCGCGUCUCACUGACUGGUUGAUCUGCUUUGAAGGAUUAUGUUUGUAAGAAGUGAUACUGAAUAAAGUUUUUGUUCUAAUUAAA